GUUUGUCGUGGCUCAGGUGGAGUUAUGACUUACAACUUAAUCGCAAAACCUAUAGUACGGACUACACGACGGACAUAUCAAACUCAAAAUCAAAAUCUUCCAAACCUUGUUUUUGACAAAAACCACCUGAUAUUGAUGUAAGUACUUAUUAUCACACCUUCUUUAUCUUUUCUGAGACCUGUAUCUAU